GGCACACAACACAGAGCCCUCACAAAUGCGGUCGGUUACUCGGUUACCGUCUAGCUCCGGUUCAAGAAAGGCCUACACGGCCCACUAUAAGAUCACGGUUUCUGAGAGAUUUGAUCCCAAAAUUUUCCCAAGGAGCUCUUUCCCUUCUCUGCAUAAAUCCACCCACUGAAAGAGCUCCUUUCUCUUUUUCUUCUAUUUUAGUGUAUAAUAAAAUUUAGACUUUUUUAGGUUUUCCCCAAAAGCCAUGUCUGGUCUCAACCGAUCUUCCAGUACUCCGUUUAAGAACGGCGGCCUCCCUCCUCAAGAACUCCUUGACGAUCUCUGCAGUCGGUUUGUUUUGAAUGUGCCAAAAGAAGAUCAACAAUCAUUUGAGAGAAUUCUAUUCCUUGUGGAGUAUGCACAUUGGUUCUAUGAAGAUAAUUCGGUGGAAAAGAAUCCUUCACUGAAGUCAUUCACUCUGAAGGAGUUCACAUCCUUGAUGUUUAACAGUUGUGAUGUUUUGAGACCUUAUGUUGCUCACAUAGAUGACAUAUUUAAAGACUUCACUUCAUACAAGGUUCGAGUUCCUGUAACUGGGGCAAUCAUUUUGGAUGAAACCUUUGAACGGUGCCUGCUAGUGAAGGGUUGGAAAGGGACAAGUUGGAGUUUUCCGCGAGGCAAAAAGAACAAAGAUGAGGAAGACCAUGCAUGUGCCAUCCGAGAAGUUUUGGAGGAAACAGGUUUUGAUGUUUCAAAACUUCUCAACAAAGAAGAAUACAUUGAAGAAAUGUUUGGACAACAGAGGGUAAAGCUUUACAUAAUUGCUGGCGUGAAGGAUGAUACUGCUUUUGCACCACUUACAAAAAAGGAGAUAAGUGAAAUUGCAUGGCAACGGCUUGAUGAACUGCAGCCAGCAAGUGAUAAUGUAAUAUCUCGUGGCAUCACCGGCCUUAAGCUUUACAUGGUUGCACCAUUUUUAGAGUCCUUGAAAUUGUGGAUAUUAGAGCAUCAACCCCCAGUAGCUCCAAGGCUUGAUAUGCCAAUCAAAGGCAUGUGUGUUUGGAAAGCAAAGAACACUUCUAUCGGGAGCAGCACUAGCACAGCAGUAGUGGAGACCCAAUCAGCUAAGCCUGGAACUGAUGCUCAUCCUCCUGAUGCCGGCCCUGGCAAAAGCUUUAGAAAUUUUAGAUUUGACACUGCUGGAAUCCUGAGAGCAAUGGAAGCUGGGUUUUCUGCCUGACAGUUGAAAUUUGUAGCUCUUUGUAAAUGCUCUAUGCUUACAUAGAUGAGUUAGUAUUCUUCCUGUAUCACCAAGCAUCAGUAGUCACUUUCAUUUCAACUAGCUGUGCCAGAUGUAUAUCAUUUGUGUCGGUUUUUGGCGGUUGGGUUUAGUGUUGCAUCCUGUACAGAAGCCCUUCUGUAGCUUAGUGUGUCUUUAUCGAAUUGUCAUUGUAUAUUGAACUGAACUGGAUCCCCUUGCUCUUAAAAGCCAAGUGACUUUUUGUAGUUGUUCUCGUCUCGUCUCUGGGUUGAGAUUCUUGAUUGUGUUUAUGAGUACUACUUUCAUCAAUCUACAUAUUGUUGCAUCUUUA